AUGGUUUUUGAGGACAAGUUCGGAGAACCACCUGAUGAGCAACCAACGUUCCGUGGGAUAAAACUACUCGGCAAUGUGCAGGGCGAUUAUGAGAAGGUUUUCAAGGACAUUUGUUUAGAAAUUGAAGCACCGAAGAAACAGUUUGACGGGGCGAAGAGACCGUAUCUACAAAACCCACUUCGACGGUAUCAGCAGUGGACGGCAAAGACAAUUUAG